AUGGCAAAGAUGUUCCCUUUGAUUGUUGUCUUCUUGGUUCUGAAGCUUUCUGUACUUUUUUGCUAUUUGAGUGAACCCAGGUGCUUCUGGAGAAUAAAAGAUACAGAAAAUUAUCUAGGAGAUAAAGAGGCUGAUUGUUUCUUUUCCAUUUACACAAAGAGUGGCUAUGUGAAGAAUGAUUACUUCAGUGAGAAUCUAGACAAGCAUGUGACACAUAAAACCAUCCACUUGAUUUCCUGUGUUUAUUUUGCCAUUGAAGAAAUCAAUCACAACAUUCAUAUUUUACCCAACAUUUCCCUAUUAGUUAAGAUUGAAUGUAACCUAAUUGUGGAUAAUGUGAAAAGUGUUUGGUCCUUGAAAAAAAAGGAAAUUUUUCCUAAUUACUAUUGUAAAAAUCAGAGAAGAUAUUUAAUUGUACUUACGGGACCUUUAUGGUUAGGAUCUUACACACUUGGACCAUUCCUGUACUUCUCUAGAACUCCAGAGCUUUACUGUGGUUAUUAUCAUCUCCUUCUGAGUGACCAGGAACAGUUUCCUUAUCUCUACCAGAUGACCCCCAAGGAUACAUCUCUACCACUAGGCAUGGUGUCCCUAGCAGUUCACUUCAGAUGGAACUGGGUAGGAGUGAUCAUUACAGAUGAUGACCAUGGAUUUCAAUUCCUUGCUGAAUUGAGAGCAGCAAUGGAAAGAAACACUGUCUGCUUAGCAUUUGUCACUAUUAUCUCAAAUGACAGGAUGAUAUACCUUAAAAUGAUUCAUAAAUAUUAUGACCAAAUCAUAGCGUCAUCAGCAAAAGUUGUGAUCGUCUAUGGGGAUAAAGAAUCUCCUAUACAAUUUAACUUCAUACUUUGGAAAUUUAAAAACAUUCAGAGACUCUGGGUCAGUGUGUCACAAUUUGAUAUGAUUACAAUGACAGGAGAGUUUAUGCUUAACUCUGUGCAUGGGACUCUUAUUUAUUCACAUCAGCAGUCUGAGAUGUCUGGUUUUAAACAAUUUAUGCAGACACUGCACCCGUCUAACUACAGUAAUGACAUUUCUUUGGCUAAACUGUGGUGGACUUACUUUAAGUGUUCUUUGCCACCACCGCAUUGUACAACACUGAAGAACUGUCCAACCAAAACCUUAUUUAAAUGGUUUUUUAUGACACCCUUUGGAAUGUCUAUGAGUGAAACAUGUUACAACUUGUACAAUGCUGUAUACGCUGUGGCCCACUCACUUCAUGAGAUGCUUCUGCAACAAGUAGACACAUACUCAGAGAAUGAAGGAAAGGAACUGGAAUUUAAUUCCUGGAAGAUGUUCUUUUUUAUGAAGACAAUACAAUUUAUAAAUCCUGCUGGAGAUCUAGUGAACAUGAACCAGAAUAGAAAACUGAAUACAGAGUAUGAUAUUUUCUAUAUCAUGGAUUUUUUAAAACACUAUGGGCUUAAAAUAAAAAUAGGAAAAUUUUCUGGUAAUUUUUCAAAUGGCCAACAACUAUUUAUAUCGGAUCAAAUGAUAGAGUGGGCUACAGAUAUUAAGCAGACUCCAGCCUCCAUUUGUAGUGUGCCUUGCAGACCAGGACUCAGAAAAUACUUUCAGGAGGGAAAGGCAGUGUGCUGUUUUGAUUGCUUCCACUGCCCAGAAAAUGAAAUUUCCAACAUGACAGUCUGUGGAAUCUGGCUGGGAACUUCUCCUCCAUUUGUUGAUGCUGAUCUACACAUGGUACAUGGCCAUAUCAUCAUUGUUUGUAACAAGGGUUCAGUGAUUGCCUUCUACUGUGUCCUGGGAUUCAUGGGCUCUCUUGCUCUAGUAAGUUUCACUGUAGCCUUCCUGGCCAGAAAUCUGCCUGACACAUUUAAUGAAGCCAAGCUCCUGACAUUCAGCAUGCUGGUGUUUUGCAGUGUCUGGAUCACGUUCCUCCCUGUCUACCACAGCACUAAGGGCAAGGCUAUGGUUGCUGCGGAGGUCUUCUGUAUCUUGGCCUCCAGUGCAGGGAUGCUUCUUUGCAUAUUUGUUCCAAAGUGCUACAUUAUUUUGUUGAGACCACAAAUAAAUUCUUUUCAUGAGUUUAGGAAAAUACAUGUGAAAAGUAUAAAUGUUAAUUGA